AUGUGAUCCAGAAUGUAAUUUGCAGUUUAUGCUUUGAUUUAUUUUCAGCUUUUUGUUAAGAUUGUACCUGAUAUAUUUCAUUAUUCUAUUUUAAGAAAUGUGUCAACAUCAAGAUAUGGUGAGUUCUUUUAAAGUUAACAACAUCAACAACAAUAGAUACAAAACACUAAUUUGUUAUGAACCUAACCAAUGUGGGAAAAAAACUUCUAACAAGCAUAUAAAUGUGUAUGUGUGUGUGUGUGUGUGUGUAUAUAUAUAUAUAUAUAUAUAAUAUAUGUAUAUAUAACAAUAUGUGUGCCUUUAAAAAUAUAGAACAAUCAUUCUGGAUCAAUAGUUAAAUUAUUACUUCAUUUGAAUCAAUUUGGUCUUGGACUAUUUCUCUUCUGCUAUUACCCCAAAGAAGGCUCCAUUCAACUAAUUUUAACUUACGCAAAUAAAUGCACAAAUCAAAAAUAAGAGUGGAUAUUUUAUGCUUUAAAGAGGGAAGGUGUUAAUUCACAGAGAAGUAAUAAAUCAUCUCUUCCCUUACCUCUAGGACCUCUAGGCUGGUCAAACCCUAACCAUGAUUAGUAUUGUUUCAAGUUUCUUCCAUUUCCUUUCAUUAAGCUCGGUUAUUUAUGUAUCUUCAAGUGAAAUGGCUGAGCUUUCACGGUAAUUCUUGUUGCUAUUGACAACCAAAGCAGCCAUGCAAGAAGAAAAUGCUGUGGAAGGAAAGAAAAAACAAACCUUAACAAUUUCCUCCUCAAAGUUGGAGAGAAGGGAAUACAAAGUGUGUAAGAAACAGGUAAGUAAAGAUCUGUCAACUAAAAAACUGCGAGCCUUGGUUACUAAUUGAUCCAAAGUUUUAAUUUUUUUCAGAUAUUUUGUCCAACACUCAUUUAAAUAAAAGGAUACCGUCUCUUGGAACCAAAAUUAAUAUUCUGAAAAUGAAAAAUUGGAUUGGAAGCUUUCUACGUCUUAAGGCAGAGAAUAGCCAGGAUAAGGUGCCAGCUCAAAGGAUUCUAAAGUAGGAAAGAGUUAGGGAUGAAGAGUUGAGGUUGUUCAGAGGAAGAGACUCUUCUUGCUGGAGAAGACCAAAGAAGAUUUUAUGGACUUGGUGGUGUUCACUGUCUGCCGGCCACAGUGCAAACAUGGUGAAUGUAUCGGACCCGACAAGUGCAAAUGUCAUCCCGGAUAUGCUGGAAAGACCUGCAGUCAAGAUGAACACUUCUACCCAACUCCUCUUGACCAAGGCAGUGAACAGCCUCUUUUCCAACCCCUGGAUCAUCAAGCCACAAGUUUACCUUCAAGGGAUCUAAAUGAGUGUGGCCUGAAGCCGCGGCCUUGCAAGCACAGGUGCAUGAACACUUACGGCAGCUACAAGUGCUACUGUCUCAACGGAUAUAUGCUCAUGCCAGAUGGGUCCUGCUCAAGUGCCCUGACGUGCUCCAUGGCCAACUGUCAGUAUGGCUGUGAUGUUGUCAAAGGACAGAUACGGUGCCAGUGCCCCUCUCCUGGCCUACAGCUGGCUCCCGAUGGGAGGACCUGUGUGGAUGUCGAUGAAUGUGCUACUGGAAGCGCCUCCUGCCCUCGAUUUAGGCAGUGUGUCAACACUUUUGGGAGUUACAUCUGCAAGUGUCAGAAAGGCUUCGACCUCAUGUACAUUGGAGGCAAAUACCAGUGUCACGAUAUAGAUGAAUGCUCCCUUGGUCAGUAUCAUUGCAGCCGCUUUGCUCGAUGUUACAACGUACACGGGUCCUACAAGUGUCAAUGUAGAGAUGGAUACGAGGGUGAUGGACUGAAUUGUGUGUAUAUUCCAAAAGUCAUGAUUGAACCUUCAGGUCCAAUUCAUGUACCAAAGGGUAAUGGUACCAUUUCAAAGGGUGAUGGAGGACACAGUAACUGGAUUCCUGAUGUUGGAAGUACUAGGUGGCCUCUGAAGACACCAUAUAUCCCUCCUGUUAUUACGAACAGGCCCACUUCUAAGCCAACAACAAGACCUGCACCAAGGCCAACGGCAGAGCUGACGCCACCCCCGUUCACAGAACUCGGAACAUCUCCACCCACAACAAGCCCAGAAAGCCCAAGCACCAGAUUGACCCCUGCAACACCCAUUGCCACUACCUCUCCAAGAUGGAUUACAGUUGACAACAGGAUACACACAGAUCCUCAGAAACCCAGAGGAGACGUGUUCAUUCCACGGCAGCCUUCAAACGACUUGUUUGAAAUAUUUGAAAUUGAAAGGGGAGUCAGUGCAGAUGAUGAAGCAAAAGAUGAUCCAGGUGUCCUGAUACACAGUUGUAAUUUUGACCAUGGGCUUUGUGGAUGGAUCAGGGAAAAAGACAGUGACUUGCACUGGGAACCAGUGAGAGAUCCAACAGGUGGACAGUAUCUGACAGUGUCGGGAGCCAAAGGCCCAGGGGGAAAAGCUGCUCGCUUGGUGCUACCUCUCGGCCACCUCAUGCAUUCAGGGGACCUGUGCCUGUCGUUCAGGCACAAGGUGACGGGGCUGCACUCCGGCGCGCUCCAGGUGUUUGUGAGAAAACACAGUGCCCACGGAGCAGCCCUGUGGGGAAGAAAUGGUGGCCAUGGCUGGAGGCACACACAGAUCACCUUGCAAGGGGCUGACGUCAAGAGCGUUAUCUUCAGAGGUGAAAAAAGGCGUGGCCACACUGGGGAGAUUGGAUUGGAUGAUGUGAGCCUGAGAAAAGGCCAUUGCUCUGAAGAACGCGAGCAACUUCCGAACUAGCAAUGAAUUCCCCUGUUGCUCUCUUCUUUUUCCAAUCUUCACCUCCUGUCCUCUCCUCCCUCUUAUCAGGCCUAGGAGAAGAAUGGGUCAGUGGGUCAGGAGAAAGUGGUGGGUGACCCACACCGCGUGGCCUGCUUUUGUGCAAUUCCAAUGAACAGUGACACCCUCCUUGAAAUACAAGGGGCGCCUGUGGGCGCAUCCAAGCCAGCUUUGGGUGUUACCUUCCAGGCUACAGCUCUUUUAGGAAGGCCUUGGGCGCAUGUGUCAUCCUUCGUCCUGGUUACGAGGUGUUCCUAGUAGCAAAUUAUGGGAGAAGUUUUCAAAAGAAAUGCGUGCAAAUGGCCAUUCUGUUAUCUGUUCAGUGUUGUACCAUGAGUAGUAUUGACUUUCCCUAAGCUAUGUUGUACAAUGUGCUUGUGAAAUUGGUUUCUCCCCUUCACUUGUUAGCUCUGGCCUGACCUGAACUCUGACUUUUACUGCCAUUCACUUUAUAAAAGAAGGGUGUGUAACAUAUCAAGAUGCAUUUAUUCUCAUUAUCUGUAUUUUUCUUUUAAAGACAAUUAUGUAGGGUGGGCACGUAAUCCCUCGUUAGUAGUGUGUUUUGUGUAAAUGUGCUAUUGAUAUUAAGUAGUUAUGUGUUCCUAAUAUUUACAGACUCUAGUUGCAAGGGAAAAGGCAGCUUGGGAUCUCUUGAAUUAAAAACUACCCAGUGAAAUGUCAUCCAGUGCCAUGACUUUAUUUUGGCAGCAAGAGAAAAUUGGAAGAGAUGUCAGGUGUGGUAGUGGAGGGAUGAAGUUUUUCACGGCCUUGAGUCUGAUCACUGUAAAGGAUAGUGAACCAUUCAGGUAGACAGGAAGCUGCAGUUACCAUAUAAAACCCUCACCGUUUCAGGUUAUACUUUAAAACCAACAGUUUUUACAGUAACAUGGCUCUCUCUGGUAAUCCUUAAAAAGCUCUGUAAAAGCUCUGGUUGUUUCAGAGAAAAGAUUCUGUUUCUGGAAGGGCGAGGGGAAGCAUGGGGGAAGGUCUGUUAAAACAGAUUUUUCAUACUAAUUUUUAAGUCCAGAUAUACAUUUAGGCAGGUCUAGCUCAUAACUGUGUGCUGUCUUGUCAGAACGGGAUUGGAAACAAGUCCUGUGCUUGGAGGCAUUUUGUUGGAUUCACACACACGUCAGAGCAAGAGGACAAGAUUGGAAUUCUAGGAUCUAGGAACCCCUAACUAUAUUUCCUCCCUGGAUAUUUUACCUUCAUAUUAAAAAAUACACGACUUUUAUAAGGCAACUUACUCCUGAGGCUUUUCUUCAUUUCUGAUUAAUCAAAUUAUUUUCGCCUGUUUUUGCCAGGAAUCACAAAGAUGAUUAAAGGGUUGGAAAAAAAGCUCUAUGAUGAAAAAGUAAAGGAACUGGGAUUAUCCAGCAUGGCAAAGAGAAGACUGAGGGGCAAACCAUUGCUGGUUUUCCAGUGUAUGGAUGGUUGGUACGGAGAGGAUGGUGACCAGCUCUUCUCUGUAUGUGCUAAGAAUAGAACAAGAGGAAACAGGCUUAGACUGGAGUGCGAGGGGGCAUUUCCUGGCAGGGACAAUUGUUAAAUUAGAAUCCUUCGUUUAAGAAAAAAAGUGAAUCUCCCUCUCCCUCUUCUCUCUCUUUUUGAGGCUUUUAAAAAAUUAGAUGAAAAUCUGUCUAUUUAAGAUCGUUAAAGAUGUUCUUAUGUCAAGGUAGAGUAACAGAAUCUUCUGAAAGAUGUUUUGAUCCUAUUACUAUGUAACGAAAAUCUUCAGAACAGAGUCAUUUGGAGGAGGCCAGGGUCUUAUUUAGGCAUUUACCUCUUGGCCCCUAAUGGAGGAGAAUCAAAAGGGGAAAAGCCCACCAAGUGCAGAGCUCACUAAAAGACCUCUCUAUGGCAAACCUAGCAGGAUUAAAACAGGAAGAAAAAAAAAAAGACAAACUCAUAUUUUUAAAAGAAUAUGAUGGACGUGUAUUUUAGUAUCUUAAUAUCCUAAUGUGGUAGGGUUCUUUUUUUUUUUUUCUUGGUAAAGGUGUAACCUUUCACUUGCUCAGUGGAUGAUAUUUUAGGUUUUAAAAGAGACCAUAGUAAGGAACAGAGGUUAGAGAGUUUUUUAUCUGGUGCAUUCUCUCUACGAUGUGUGUGACAACUUAACUUGGCCACUAAGAAAGAGUUCCCUGCUCAACACCACUGUCCGGAUUGUUGCUUCACCAAACCACUGUAAUUCACUUUUCUUUUAUCAAUUGGAAUCUCCCAAGUUCCACAAAAUGGUAACUUUUUUUUUUUUUUUCAAAAAUAGUUACAACAGAAUAUCUUUUGUCAUUUAACUUGGUGGAGGCAGGACUGGAGCAGGAUGUAAAGCACUGAGCCUUUGAGUAAGGGCCAGGCAGUAGGGCUUUAGAUCCAUUUUUAGUGAUUCAUUUCCUUUGUGGUCCUAUAACUGCACAACUGAAGAGGAAAGGGGGAAAUAAUUGAAAAUGUCACUUUUAGGUGCCAAUACUACAUUGCACUAAACUGACAGAAGUUAUCCAAAGUACUGUAUAACAUUUUGUUUAUUAUUUAAUGUUUUCUAAAGUGAAAAUGUUAGUGGUUUUCCAAACAGCCAAAUAAAAAUAAUUCUUUGUAAAUAAAAGCACUGUUAAUGUU